AUGACCUCCGUCGGGCAUGAACCAAAUGACUUUCGACUAAGGCCGGAGCAGCUGUCUGAGCUGCACGACCCCAAGUCUCUCGCAGCGUUCGACAGCUUGUUCGACAACGAACCGGCUAACCUAUACAAGUAUCUGCACACAGACCCCGUUAAGGGCUUGGGUGUGCAAGACGAAGACAUACCGCAAACGUCUCGAUACAAGAUGUACGGCGAUAAUCGCAUUCCUCAGCGCAAGGCCAAGCCUUUCUGGAGACUGGCAUGGGAAGCGUUUCACGACCAGACCAUGAUUUUGCUGACGGUAGCAGCAGUUGUAUCAUUCGCCCUGGGCCUCUAUGAAACAUUGGGUCAGCCCGCAGAAUACGACCAUGAAGGCAAGAAAAUCACCAAAGUCGACUGGGUGGAAGGAGUGGCCAUCAUGAUUGCAGUCCUCGUAGUCAUCUUGGUGGGUUCAGCUAACGACUAUCAAAAAGAGCGUCAGUUUGCGCGCCUAAACGAAAAGAAAACCGACCGUGAGAUCGUAGUGUUAAGAGGAGGUGAAGAACAUCUUAUUUCCAUUCACGACCUGUUAGUUGGCGACGUGGUCACUUUGCAAACUGGUGAAGUGGUUCCGGCUGACUGUAUUCUCAUUGAUGGAAGUUGUGCAUGCGAUGAAUCGGCCCUGACUGGUGAGUCCGACACUAUCAAGAAGGUAGGAUUAGAAACAGCAUUUAACAAAUUCAAGCUGUUGUCUGAAAAUGAUGCUGGCAUCGAUAUCGGCGGCCGCUUCAAAGGGGAAAGGGUUUUGGAUCCAAUGUUGAUUUCGGGCUCCAAACUACUUUCGGGUUUAGGAAAAGCUGUGGUUACUUCGGUGGGUGAACAUUCGAUCAACGGAAGAACGUUAAUGGCUUUAAAAGUCGAGCCCGAGUCGACUCCUCUUCAGGAAAGAUUAGAUGGUCUAGCAAACAACAUAUCCAUUUAUGGGUCUGUUGCUGCGCUUAUUCUUUUCAUCAUUCUGUUUGGCAGAUUUCUAUCAUACUUACCUGCGGGGAAGAAGUUACAUGAUUUGACUCCAGCCCAAAAGGGCUCUAAGUUUAUGAAUAUUUUCAUUACUGCCAUCACUGUUAUUGUUGUGGCAGUUCCUGAGGGUCUGCCUCUGGCUGUGACACUAGCUUUGGCGUUUGCCACGACUCGAAUGACUAAAGAUGGAAACCUCGUCAGAGUUUUGAGAGCCUGUGAAACAAUGGGUUCGGCCACUGCCGUUUGCUCUGAUAAAACGGGAACUUUGACUGAAAAUCGAAUGACAGUGGUGAAGGGAUUUUUGGGCUUAACCUCUUUCGAUGAAACCGAGUCUACUGAUCCUUCCAUGGAAGGAUCAGACCUUGAAGACGUGCUCGCUAAAACUUGCGACCAAAAGCUACGGACUGACAUUCUAACGAACAUUGCUUUGAACUCGACCGCUUUUGAGAACAAACAGGACACAGGAGAGGCGGAAUCCAAUGAAAACCCUUUCCAUAAAUCUACAAAGUCAAUUCUUCCUUGGAGCCGCAAUAACAAGCGGAAGAAGAGUUCCAAUGAUGAUCUCAUCGAUAAUAUAGACAAACUGCAAAGGGAGCCUUUUAUUGGGUCUAAGACCGAGACCGCUUUACUUUCCUUCGCCAAGAAAAAUCUGAGAAUGAGUGAUCUACACGGUUUAAGAGAAGAUCCAAAGAGGUUGGGCGUUGAGAAAAUUGUACAGGUAAUACCUUUCGAAAGUUCCAGGAAAUGGGGUGGUAUAAUAGUCAAAUACAAUGAUGGAAUCUAUCGAUUUUACGUCAAAGGUGCUGCAGAGCUUAUCUUGAGAAGAUGUCAACAAAGGACCCGAUCCGACGGUUCUUCAGAAGUCCUCUCUACUGAAGCUCGAGAAGAAAGCGCUCAAACGAUACAGCACCUAACUACAGGCGCCUUGAGGGCUAUAUCUCUUGCGCACCAAGAUUUCCCAAACUGUCAAAGUUGGCCUCCUCAACACCUGAAAGAUAGUGUGGACCCUAGUUCUGUUUCUCCGGAACUGAUCUUCGGAGAGGAACAAUCCCUUCCGAAAUCAACUCCAAGCACACCUGGUACCGCCGUGUCCGCUUCAGAGAGUGGGCUGAGCUUGGACGCUAUUGUCGGAAUCCAAGAUCCGCUCAGAGAGGGAGUCAAACAGUCCGUUGAACAAUGUCAGAAAGCGGGUGUCACAGUCCGAAUGGUUACGGGUGAUAACAUUUUGACUGCUACCGCUAUCGCCAAGAAUUGCAGCAUUCUGUCACCAGAAAAUGCUAAAGACCCCGAAAGUGCUAUGGAAGGUCCUGUAUUCCGAAAACUCUCUUCAAAGGAGCGCAUUAGAAUCCUGCCAAAACUCAGGGUUCUUGCGAGAUCAUCGCCAGAGGACAAACGGGUGCUUGUCGAAACUUUGAAGAAAAUGGGAGACGUUGUCAGUGUUACUGGCGAUGGUACCAAUGACGCACCAGCUUUGAAACUAGCAGAUAUUGGAUUUUCCAUGGGUAUUGCGGGCACUGAAGUCGCGAGAGAAGCGUCCGAUAUCAUUUUAAUGACUGACGAUUUCUCGGCCAUCGUAAACGCGAUAAAAUGGGGCAGAUGUGUCUCCGCAUCUAUCAAGAAAUUCAUUCAAUUUCAGCUCACAGUUAAUAUCACCGCAGUUACCUUGACAUUCGUCUCAGCUCUUGCUUCAGCUGAAGAAAACUCUGUUUUGACCGCUGUGCAGUUGCUGUGGGUGAACUUAAUUAUGGACACACUAGCCGCACUCGCGUUGGCCACCGACAAGCCUGAUGAGCACAUUCUUGAACGGAAACCUAAAGGACGGGAUGCAGUUUUGAUCGCCGUGUCAACUUGGAAAAUGAUUUUAGGCCAGGCUGCUCUGCAGCUUACCGUGACAUUUACGCUGCACUUUGCAGGUGGCAAGAUAUUCUUUCCGCAUAAAAAAAGCCUGACAGGACACGAGCAGCAACAAUUGAGUGCCAUGACCUUUAACACAUUUGUAUGGUUGCAAUUCUUCAAGCUUAUCGUUACAAGGAAAUUGGACGAGGCGGAUGGUAUCAAAAACGUACGCGACAGGGUGACCGCCUCAAACUUGAAUUUCUUUCAGGAUUUCCUUCGCAACUAUUACUUUCUGGUAAUCGCUCUUUUCAUCGGAGGGUUCCAGGUUCUCAUCAUGUUUGUUGGGGGAGCCGCUUUCUCAAUCGCAAGGCAAACGGGUGCAAUGUGGGCCACGGCCAUUAUCUGUGGUCUGCUGGCUCUCCCAAUGGGUGCAUUGAUUAGGAUCAUUCCUGAUGAAUGGGUUCUCAAAGUGUUCCCCGCUCGGUUAGUGAAUGCUGUUCUCUACGUUCUUGGGUUCAAAUUUUUAAGAAGAUCCUCUAAGAAAUCAGAGGACGAAGAGUCUUUGCUAGUUCAAGAUGCAGACGCUACUCUUGUAAGUUCCACCGCUUUCGAAAGAGCUAAAAAUGAAAUGACCUUCGCCAAGGGCCACCGCGGGGACGAGGGAAGUCGGUUGAAUCCCAUCCAUGCAUUCAAGAAAUGGAGACAGAGCAAUUCAUCAGCUGGAUCCGACCUAGAGGACCGCUCGUACAUUGCCUCCGUCACUAUGGUGCCUACUCUAGUCGGUGGAGCAGUGGGCGGCUUUUCUCAUAUCUCCGCGAACGAUGGCGACAGCUUAGAGAAGAAGUCCACAUGA